AUGAAUUAAGUUUUCUUCUAAAGGAUACAAAGCUAAUUUCUAAUUAUCAUCUUUAUUUAAAAAUUAUCAAGUCCUAAGAAUAUAAAGUAUUAACAAAUAAACUUAAUGGGGUCAAAGAUAAGUUUAUUAAAUUAUAUAAUAAAUUAGCUAAAAAUGCAGGAUAUAAAGGAGAUAUUUCUAUAAAACUUCCUAAUAGCUAUGUUUUAGCAUGGAUGCCCUGCAAUAAAGUUAAUUAUAUUAAGCAAGAAUUAAACAAACUUUUAAUUAUUACUUUUAUUCUUUAGAUUACAGAUAUGUAGGCUAUUUGUUUAUCCUUUAUUAAGGAUUCUUUUUAAAAAAAUCACAAUUGCAUAGUAGAAUAUAUUCAGCAGAAUAAAAUAAUAAAACUAAAAUUAACAUUUUAUGAUUGUCUCAUCCUUAAAGAAUUAGCAUAGAGUGUAAUUUCAUAAAAUUCUCUCGAUCAUUUCCCUUAUGAAUUAGAUAAAAUUUCAUUCAAUCCAGAUAGGAUUGAAAUUCUUGUUAAAGAACAAAUAAAUUGCUAAUUUAAAUUAUGAACUUAAAUUAAGGUUAUUGAUUUAGCAUUCUAAAUAGAUAAUUAAAAUUCAAAAUAGAAUUAAAUAAAUAAUUAAAUUAUGUAAAUUAAAACUCAAUUAAAUUAGUUCAUAAAUCUUUGGAAGACCAGAAAAUGAAAUCAAAAUCAUUUAGAUUUUGGGAUCUAUUCGCUAAGAUUCUAUUGUUAAAUAUUAUCUAAAAAGUAGCGAACAAAAUAGUUUCAAACUGAUAUUUUAUAAUACAAAAUCUAAUCUUCAAUUACUUAACAAUAUUUUUGAUCCAAAUGAUUUUAAUAAAUUUUUAGCUUAAAAUUACAAUUUACCUUAUGAUCUUUAAGUGUAAUAUUCGACUUUCAAAUCAAAUAUAAAUUUCAGAGGUUUAUUAGAUAUCUAUGGAUUUGAGCUUUAAUAAUUAAAUAAAAUAAUAAUGAAGAUGCUUUACUUAUUAAAGUUUCCAAUAUAUUGCAUUCUAAAUAAAUUGAUUUAAUUAAUUACUUUAAUUAACAAUUACAAUUUUAUAAUGAAUAAUAAAAAUCUGAUAUCUAUAUGUAAAUGA